AUGUUCGCGCUGAAAACCAUUUUACUUGCGUUGGUCUUCUCUUUCGCGGCCCACGUCAUCGCGUAUCCUAUGCCUAUGCCUCUACGCCGCACGCUCGCUAACCGCCUUGCCCCGAUGGAGGUUAUUCCCGCUUACAUCAAACGUGCCGACGUCAACACGAACAUUAUCCCUGCCGAAGUUCCUACCAUGGCGCCACAAGGUGUCAUCGAGGAAUACAGCAACCAGAAGCGUGCGGACUUCCAUGUGACGAGAGAUGACAUCUCUGCUCGCAUCGCCAUUAAGCAUUCUCUUCACGAGCGCGCUGACCUCAACGUUAUCCCUGCCGAAGUCCCCACGAUGGCUCCUGCGAGUGUACUCGAGGAAUACCACAACAAGCGCCAAAUUUUGAACACCAUUCCGGCUGAGGUACCUACGAUGUCCCCUACAGGUGUGUUGGAGGAGUUCUUCAAUGGGCCUGCGUAA